AUGAAUCAAGGUACACAUUUUCCCAGUCAGAUGGGCGAUGUCACGUGUAUCGAUGUCACGUGUAUCGAUGUCACGUGUAUCGAUGUCACGUGUAUCGAUGUCGUGGGGAAAGAUUUGCCGAUGCUUGUGUUGAUGAGAGGGACAGAUUUGGGGGUGGCUCAGUCAGGGUCUGUGGUGGAUUCCAUGAGAGGGACAGAUUUGGGGGUGGCUCAGUCAGGGUCUGUGGUGGAUUCCAUGAGAGGGACAGAUUUGGGGGUGGCUCAGUCAGGGUCUGUGGUGGAUUCCAUGAGAGGGACAGAUUUGGGGGUGGCUCAGUCAGGGUCUGUGGUGGAUUCCAUGAGAGGGACAGAUUUGGGGGUGGCUCAGUCAGGGUCUGUGGUGGAUUCCAUGAGAGGGACAGAUUUGGGGGUGGCUCAGUCAGGGUCUGUGGUGGAUUCCAUGAGAGGGACAGAUUUGGGGGUGGCUCAGUCAGGGUCUGUGGUGGAUUCCAUGAGAGGGACAGAUUUGGGGGUGGCUCAGUCAGGGUCUGUGGUGGAUUCCAUGAGAGGGACAGAUUUGGGGGUGGCUCAGUCAGGGUCUGUGGUGGAUUCCAUGAGAGGGACAAUUUUGGGGGUGGCUCAGUCAGGGUCUGUGGUGGAUUCCAUGAGAGGGACAGAUUUGGGGGUGGCUCAGUCAGGGUCUGUGGUGGAUUCCAUGAGAGGGACAGAUUUGGGGGUGGCUCAGUCAGGGUCUGUGGUGGAUUCCAUGAGAGGGACAGAUUUGGGGGUGGCUCAGUCAGGGUCUGUGGUGGAUUCCAUGAGAGGGACAGAUUUGGGGGUGGCUCAGUCAGGGUCUGUGGUGGAUUCCAUGAGAGGGACAGAUUUGGGGGUGGCUCAGUCAGGGUCUGUGGUGGAUUCCAUGAGAGGGACAGAUUUGGGGGUGGCUCAGUCAGGGUCUGUGGUGGAUUCCAUGAGAGGGACAGAUUUGGGGGUGGCUCAGUCAGGGUCUGUGGUGGAUUCCAUGAGAGGGACAGAUUUGGGGGUGGCUCAGUCAGGGUCUGUGGUGGAUUCCAUGAGAGGGACAGAUUUGGGGGUGGCUCAGUCAGGGUCUGUGGUGGAUUCCAUGAGAGGGACAGAUUUGGGGGUGGCUCAGUCAGGGUCUGUGGUGGAUUCCAUGACCAGGAGGGUCAGGGCAGCUACACAGGCAUGGGCUGGUUACACACAGUACUAG